AGAACAGCAGGUGCGAAGAGCAGGAGCAUGAGGGCAGGUGCCAUGGCUUUGACCCUGAGACUCUUGUAAACUUACUGUGGAGACUGCUCUGCCAUGACCACAGCGCGGUACCGGCCCACGUGGGACCUGGCCCUCGAUCCGCUGGUGUCGUGCAAGCUCUGUCUCGGGGAGUACCCAGUGGAGCAGAUGACGACCAUCGCCCAGUGCCAGUGCAUCUUCUGUACUCUGUGCCUGAAACAGUAUGUUGAGCUCUUGAUCAAAGAAGGACUAGAAACUGCGAUCAGCUGCCCCGAUGCGGCCUGCCCUAAACAGGGCCAUCUGCAGGAGGACGAGAUUGAGUGCAUGGUCGCUGCUGAAAUUAUGCAAAGAUACAAAAAGCUACAGUUUGAAAGAGAGGUGCUCCUGGACCCCUGUCGGACUUGGUGCCCGGCCUCCGCCUGCCAGGCCGUGUGCCAGCUUCAGGAGAUGGGGCUGCAGACCCCGCAACUGGUGCAGUGCAAAGCUUGUGACAUGGAAUUCUGCUCCGCCUGCAAAGCCAGCUGGCACCCUGGCCAAGGCUGCCCGGAGGCCUUGCCCAUCACCUUCCUUCCCGGAGAGACCAGCUCUGCUUUCAAACUGGAGGAGGACGACGCGCCCAUCAAGCGCUGCCCCAAGUGCAAGGUCUACAUCGAGCGGGACGAAGGGUGUGCCCAGAUGAUGUGUAAGAACUGCAAACACGCCUUCUGCUGGUACUGCCUCGAGUCUCUGGACGAUGAUUUCCUCCUGAUCCAUUAUGAUAAAGGACCCUGCCGGAAUAAGCUGGGCCAUUCCAGGGCAUCUGUCAUCUGGCAUCGGACACAGGUCGUGGGCAUUUUUGCUGGAUUUGGGCUCCUGCUAUUGGUGGCCUCGCCGUUCCUGCUCUUGGCCACUCCAUUUGUACUUUGCUGCAAGUGCAAGUGCAGUAAAGGUGACGACGACCCAUUACCCACCUAGGGGAAGGCAUGAUGCUGGAACAAGACCCCUGCCUCUGGGAAGUGCGGCUCUCCCCCACCCCACCCUGCCGUCCCCUCUCACUAAACAUCUUUCUUGCCUUAUGUGCCCCAUUGAGCUUCACAGUGUCACGCCGGAUGCCGUGAUUUCAGGGACUGAUGUCAGAACGUUGGACGAGGCCCCAGGUGCAGUCACCUGGGCGUGGGGCAGGCAGGCUGGCGUGGGUAGGGCGUGGCACCGCAGCCCGUCUCUGCCGACUCGACAAGGGCGGCGCUGCACGGAGCACGCCGGGCGGUUUUCUCCCAGUGGGGAUGGACUAGGAGCGUCUGGUGGUUGCUUAAGAGACCCUCUCGUGCAAAAUGUUGUGCGUCUCCUCCUCGGUGUCAAGACAGUGCCACGUUGCUGAGAGAAGAAGUCUUUUGGGGAUUGCAACUCACCUCAGACAGAAUCCAGUAAUGCUGACUUGAGAAAAGCACUCUGUGUAUGACAACUGUUUUUAUUACUAAUGGCGUUUAGUAAAAUCCUUUUUAGUUUUUUUUUUUUUUCUUCCCAACUGAGUAGUGAAAAAUCAACACGGUGCAUCUACACCAUCCUAUGCCUUUCUUGAAAUGUGCAUUUUAGGAGGAGAUCGCUAAAUGACUUUUCUGGCUCGGCCACUUUUCAGGAGAUUUAGAAAGCCUUACGCGCUCUUUGUGUUUUUCUUGAAACUUGUAACGACGUCUUAAACACUAUAAGCGGUGUACUGUUAUAAACGUGGGUUCCUCGGUUGUUUCAUUUCUUUGAAAAUGCCAAUGUCUUUAAAGGAGUAUCUUCAUCAUUAGGUUUUCCUUUUGUUUUUUGUUUUUCUCUCUUUUGGGACUUCUCUCUUCUCAUCCAGGUAUGAGCAAAUAUUUUUUAAUGUCUUUGGAAACCAAAUGCUUUCCUUGGGAAUCAUUCUGCUGGGAGUCACUAUGGUUUGGCCGCUCGCCUCAGCCUCCUUGUGUAGACUUGGAGAAGAGAACAGUGCUAUUAGUCCUCACCAGCAGGGCUUCCUGGAAAGACUGGAGGACUCCCGGGGGCUGGGGGAGAAGCUUCCCAAUUUUCAGUUUUUUAAAUGACUUAAGUUAUUUUGGAGAAAUCUGUGUUUUACGCAGUUCCGUGUCCUGUUGCUAACCAUUUUGCCCCACUGAAAAAAAAGCCUUCCAUUUCACUUAGUUAUUUCGAUUAGGGGAUCUUACCAUUCAGCCUCUCCCAGGCUGGGGCUGACUGUUACGGUAGCAGCAGAAUGCGUGGGUCGAUAAGACACACGUUCCAUCGGUUGACUUUUAAAAAAGUGGAGAGAGGCUAUUCUUUACAGAGAGUUGGCUUGAAUAGGACUUUUAAAACCACCUGUGCUUUUAAGGAGCAAACUGAUUGCAUUGAGCUUGGGACUUCAAAAAUGGGCAAAUGUUGUAGAUUUAUUACAGCGAAGCUUUUUAAAACUUACUACACAUUCCACAAAGGAGUGAAAUGGAAACAAAAUCAGACUUGUUUGCUUGUUGCAAGCACAUUUGUAAAACGUGGUGGGUUUUUUUGUAUGUUUAACUUCUAUGUUUGUGUGUUGGCCUUGGGGCCUGAUUUGCUUCCCUGUAUGGAAAUGUCUUCCUUAUUUCUUAACGUUUGAUAGGUUAGAAACCGUAUUACUUCACUCUCCACAUGUAGUAUUUAUUAUCUUUAUGAAACUGAAGCCAUUAGGAAACUAGUCUGUGUCAAAAUCACAUUCAGAACAUUCUCCUUACGACCACGGUUGAAUUUUUAAUUAAGUAACGAAACAAGAACACGCCUAAGAUCGUCUGUCUAUUCAGUGGAGCCUGGGCACGUGAGUCUCUAUACCUCGAAUUGUUGCAACAGGGUCUGGUGGUAGAUGGCUUUCUGGAGAGGGUGACACUCCAGGAGUCCUAGGCUUGAGCCCAGACUGGGAUCCAUGGAUGUACUUGUCUAGCCAGACCCUUUAAAUGCCUAUUAAAGACAGCAGCAGGCUCGUGGGCCUGUUUCCAGUGUCCACGGGGCAGGCCUCGCCCCAUCCCGGCCUACCUUUCCUGUGCGAGCUGCUUCCCAUUGCGUGUCGUACAAGUCCGCCCAGUAGUAGUACCCCUUUCCCUUGGGGUGAAACCAGAGCCUUUGGAACGGAUGCAUUCUCUGGGCUCGCGCUCAGAUGUCUUUAUUCUUAGCGGAUUGGGCUGUCCGUCUAGCCUGGAGAAAUCCAUGAGCAAAUCGUGCACAUCCAUAGCCUCAACUAUCCUUGUGCCUUUCACCUUUGACACGUUUCACAAGCGCGUGUUUCGACCCAGGUAGGGACCACGGAGAUUCUGGGGCCGGCCGCAGCCAAAGUCGCACCUGCUUGCUCUGAGUCUUUGCACCAAGCAUGCCUCUGUUUGCUUGGUUUGAUUUCAUAGUAACACAACUAAACCUGUCAGUUCCUUAGGAAGAUACCAGCAGGACUGCAUUGAGGUCUUACCUAAACUUGCAUUUCCCCCGCUGACUCCUCCGAUUUCAGUAGGGAAUGCCAUUCCCAUUGUUCAUGGGGAUGCAGUAUUAAGCACGCAUGUUGUAAGAUGUAAACAGAACGUGGGAAGAUGGCCCAUGUCUUGGAUUUUAACCUCGCCAUCGCUCCUGGGGGAAAUCUGGGGGCUUCUACUCUUAGUAGGGGGACUGUUGCAGAGCUUGUCUUAACUGAAAAUUACAUUCGCUUGCACGGAUGGUUUUCAUGCUGAUGUUCUGGAAGCACAUGGAUGUUUAUUCCUUUGGAGGCCUUGAAAUCCUGGAGGGGUGGGAAGAAGACCCUUUCAUGGCUAACCUUCGGUCAUGACCUUAGGUCAUCUGUGUCCCUCUGACCCUGUCGUGCAGUUUUAUUGGACGUGCCUGGUCACUCGGUCUGGCUCUGUCGUGCACCGUGCAGCCCGGCCCUUGAGCUUUGUAGUGGUCACUGGAGGCCAGUGCCCCCAGAGGAGGAGAUGCAGCAGACGUUCACAUAGCAGAGAUUGACUCAGGAUCUGAGCAUAAUCAGAUCCUUCAGCUGCAUGAGCCACUGGCCAGAUCGGUUCUUCUGCACCCCCAGGGGCAGCCGGAGACUGGGGCACCAUCAUGUGGCACCCUUUUAAAGGGGAACAAAUUCUCUUUACAGCAUAUUAUUCCAUAAAACCGGUUUAGGAACCAGGCCGAUUCCUGAUUAGAAUGCAGGGCCCACAGAGAAAGGGAUUCUCAGCUACGCAAAACUUACUCCAAGAUGAGUCUAUCUUUUUCAUCUAUAUUGCAGAGUUAAAAGUUAUUUAACAGAUUGGAAGAGGACAUUUUCCCUUGGUAGUCUUUAAAAAUUAGGGGGUUGGAAAGAACCAGGGUAGGCUUUUUGUAUGUUUCUCAGAUUCUCGUUUAUUAGUAAAUACCCCUGUAUAUAAGUAUAGAUAAAUCAGUGAAAUCAUCAAGGGAAAACAUUUUGCAUGUAUAAAGCUUCAUGAAGGUCUCUUUAAAAAAAUACCAAAGCUUGUUUAUUCCUUCUAAUUAACCUAAGCCCUUAUGAAAAUACACGAAAUGAAGAGAUUAUGACUGGUGUUGCCAAAAAUGCCAAAUGGAACGAAGGGCCUGCACUCAAAUAAUAGUUGCUAAUGCGUCAGUACUAAGAGAGCAUGCUGUUUGGGUACGUAGAGCCCACGGGCUCCGUUCUUCCUUUGGUUUGUAUAAUCCUGUCUUCCACACUUCUGGGAGCCUUCGGUGAGGGGUAGGUACCUGCCACACGCCUGACCUUCCCUUGAUUCUUUGCUCACUUUACCAUGGGAGUAUUUUAAUCUUGUAUAAACAUAUGCAUGAAUGGGUCACGCACAUGUAUACAAUACAUAUUUGACAAGUGGUGGUAAAAACAAAAGUUUGGUUUGUGUUUUUUGAAAUGUCAGUCCACUUUGUGCCACUAACACUGUGAUGUAUAAAAGAGCUGUUUGAAUGCCUUUUAAUGUUGUGUUUUGUACUUUGGAAUCACAUGGAAAAGUUUGAUUUGUAAUUUCAAUACAUAUUUUAAAUGUAUUGUGUCUUACGUAGUUUGUCCCCCCUUUAGAAGGGAUUUCUUUUUAAAAGAGAUUUUGGCUGGAAUACAGGUUACUUUU